AAACUUAUUUUUUUUUUCUCCCCUCUGUCUCCCAGAAUUGAGCAAGACAGCAAGCUGCUUACUAUGCCCAGACCUCAGCCUCCACCUCAGAAAAUGUUGUUCUCAGAUGCCAGUACAUGGAAGCAGAUGUUUCAAGAGCUGAUCCAGGAGGAGAAACCCAAAGCCAAGUGGACCUUGCAGUUGGAUAAGAACAUUUUACCUAAUGGCAUGGCCCAGGGAUGGAGGCAGUACCAGCAGACAGGAAUUGGCAGGUUCCUGUGUUCCAUAUGUGACAGAUACUGGGUUUCUGCCCAAGUGAAAAUCCUGUGCCACCUGUACCGGGAGCCUGGGAAAUCUCAGGGCCAGGUGCUCAUGAGGAUCUUCGGUCAGAGGUGCCAGAAGUGUACUAGGUCUAAGUUUGAGAAUCCUGAAUUCUCCAUGGAGAACAUCCAAAGGAUUCUGGAGAACCUAGUUAGUUAUAUUCUGCGGAAAUACUAUGGACAUGGCUUGAAGAAGACACCAUCAACCUCAAAUGAAAGGGUGCAUUUGGAUGGACCCCAUGACACAGCCAAUUGUGAGGCAUGCGCUCUGGGCUGCCAUGGAGUGUGUGCCUUUGCAAAUGAAGCAACACCGCUCAAGUCCCCAUCUUCCCCACCAACGAGCUACAGUUCUUCUUCACCCAUGAGCUACAGUUCUUCACCAAAGAACCAGAGUUCUUCCCCACCAAAGAGCCACAGUUCUUCCCCACCAAAGAGCCACAGUUCUUCCCUACCAAUGAGCUACAGUUCUUCCCUACCAAUGAGCUACAGCUCUUCUUCACCAAUGAGCUACAGUUCUUCCCAACCAAUGAGCAACAGUUCUUCACCAAAGAGCCACAGUUCUUCCCCACCAAAGAGCCACAGUUCUUCUUCACCAAUGAGCUACGGUUCCCCACCAAAGAGCCACAGUUCUUCCCCACCAAAGAGCCACAGUUCUUCUUCACCAAUGAGCUACGGUUCUUCACCAAAGAGCCACAGUUCUUCCCCACCAAAGAGCCACAGUUCUUCCCUACCAAAGAGCUACAGUUCUUUACCUCAGACUUCGAAUACAACUUUUGAGAAUAUGUAUGCUCAGGAACACAGGGAGGUCCAUAACACAGGGGUUUUAGCAGCAAUCUCUCUUGUAGCAUUUGCCCUUAUUCGUCUAUUCCUUAAAUUUUAGGCUUAUCAUCUUGUUUUCAUUCCACGGUUAUCAAUAAAGUGAAUGUCAUUUUAACAUAUCAGUGAAUUGAUUUGAGAUCAAGUAAGGCCAAAGGUAUAGAAUAAAUCUGGUUUCCUGGGAUGCUCUAAAAUAGCCUAAAACAUGACAAGCACAUAAUUGACCCCAAAAACAAAUUCAUAUUAAAUCACUGAACAGUUUUUAUUUGCUUGCUCAUUUAUUGUUAUUAAGCUAUAUUGAUUAAAUUUUGACAAGAACUAAUAGCCAUGAAUAUUAUUGUAAAUUUAGUGUGACAGACUGAAUAAUGCUCCCCUUCCACCAAAAAUGCCCUUACUCUCAAUGUUCUUACUGUAACCUUUAGAAAUUGUGACUUUGCUACAGUAUUUGGAAGAAUAGAUUUUGUAGAUGUGAUUAAUUAAAAGAUCUUGAGAUAAAUUA